AUGGCUGAACAAAAGAGCCAGAGAAAUUCCAUUGUGGAAGACGUGUUCAUCCCUAAAGAACUACUCACAACUGCCAGAUUCAACUCACCAUGGGAAUUGGCUCGAUGGGAACAAUCCCUCCCCGACAACAACCGUAUAUCAUAUCCCACAUCAAGCCAGACCAGCUCCAGUCGUCCCCUCAGUUUAUCCGCUCUACGAUCCGUAGCAAGACCACGAUCUGCAAUUCGGCCCCGUGGACGCAGUGAUCCCCCGGCAUUUCAGGAGGGACUAUUUGAUUAUUUUGAGAAACCCACCUUCGAGCCCGCAGCACCAAUUCUCGAAACGGAAGCAAUAUCACCACCUCAAAAUGCAGUGCUCAGCCCCCAGCCACUCAGCAAGGCCAGCUCUCAGUCCAUUUCCAGUGGUGAUAACAGUCUACAAGAGGUCUACGAAAAGGCCAAGUUGAGAGGUGUUGCUAUCCAACGGAGACAUUGGGUACGGCUUUUAUUCGAAUGGAGUAUCUAUGUACUGCUAGUCUUCUUCGUUUAUUUUGUCCUUGUUGGUAUGCCUCUAUGGAAGGGUGCAGUAUGGUGGCUAUAUUGGGUUGUCCAAAACAAAUUCGUUAUCCAAGGAGGAUAUGCCAUCGUGAUUGGAUUGGCUGGACUAUAUGCCUUCUGUCCACUUCUCAUUCUAUUCGAAAAAAACCCAAACCCUUCUGUCGAACAACAAGACCUCGAACAAAACUCCGAUAAUGUCAAAUCAACAGCCCUACUUAUUCCCUGUUAUAAAUCAGCUAGUAUCAUCGGCCCUACCUUGGACGCAGCCUUGAAAAUUUUCCCGAAAGAGAAUAUCUUCGUGAUUGCAAAUGGAAACUCUCAAACACCCCUCGACAAUACAGAAGAAGUCUGCAAACCAUACGGCGUGAAUCAUCUCUGGGUACCAAUUGGAUCGAAGAUCGUCGCCCAGUUUGUCGGCUGCUACGCGGCUAAGGACUUUGAAAAUGCUGUUCUCAUUGACGAUGAUUGCCUUUUGCCUCCUGUUUUCCCUAUUGUCAGCGAUCGGCUCAAAGGCCGUGUUCGAUGUAUUGGCUAUACGAUCAAGAGUGUUGGUCCAAACUCCUCCAGGGGAACAUACUGUCAGCAAGCACAAGACCUCGAAUAUAAAAUGUCCGGACUUCAACGAGACUUCUUUGGGAAGUGCGGCAGUGCAACAUUCCCACAUGGUGCUAUCUCGCUUUGGAACCUGGAGUUCCUGAAGGCGACUUUCCACGAACACCCCGGCUUCUCGGUUUCGGAAGAUUGGUUCUUCGGCGAUGCGUGUCGCCGUCUUGGAGGACGCAUUACUAUGUGCUCCCAGGUCUUUGUGGAAACUGAAACUCCCUCUUCGGUGUUCAUCAGUGGCAGUGGCAGUCGUGGCGGAUUCGGCGAGAUGACCAUCUUUUCGCAGAGAUUCAAGCGGUGGAAUUUCUUCUUCGUGAUUGGUAUCUAUUACGAUCUCAAGUAUAUUUUCACCAGCUGGAAGCUCGGCUGGUGGGAACUUGGUGCGAAGCUUUGCGUAUUCCAAGAGGUAUACGAAACGCUUAUCUACCUCCUUGCCCCCUUCGUCCUCCCAAUCUCCUUCCUCGUGCGCCCCGGAUUCUGUGGUAUGCUAUUAGGUGUAACAAUCGCCAUGUACCUGAUCAACGUGAUAAUCUUCAACGAGAUCCACCUACGCCUGAAAAAGGAGCGCGUCGACUGGAAGGUCCUCUUCUUUUAUUACACAUUCUACAAGAUUGCCUUAACGGUCAUCAACGUCUUCAGCUGCUACUGGUCUCUCUACAAGUACGCUCGGUACUUCGCCCAGCGCCACCCGAAGGUCAUUGAAGAUCGGCAGGCUGUCGAGGUUCUUCUCAGUCUUGAGCAAGACAGCCGACGGUCUUCGAUGGAUGAUGAUGUUAUCCCACUUGAUGCGCAGGCUGGAGAGGUUGGGCGUGGAUUGGGAAGGAAGUUGACUUUGACUAAGGUGCAGGCUGGGAAGAAGCCUGAGCGUCCUCAACAUGAGGAGAAAGCUGCCCAGGGCGGAUGGAUAUAG